UAAAAAGUUGAACGAAAACUUCGUGUAAAUAAAUAACAACAUUCAUGCAUCGCAUCUGAUUAUGAUCUGAUCUAUUCAAACACUGCACUCACCCUUCAUCUUCGGAAUCGAACACAUUGCCAUUAGAUCUAGCUACUCAAGAAUGUGAAGACAGUGAAGAACUCUUGUCAAGCUUUGACACUAAAAGUAAAAAAGUUGACACUCUUGUCAACUUGCCUUGUCUAUGAAAUGAAUAAUUAUCAAUGACAAUAGGAUGAUGGAUUUUGAAAUAAUGCAUGUUGUUGAGCCUGGUAAAUCAAGAGAUUCAUCAAGCAUCAAUGUAAAUUUAUCAUCUGAAUUCAACCGAAAAAAAUACCUAAAUGGUAAACACCUUGAAAGUCCAAAUAAUAAUAGAUCCAUUACUUCAACCAGUCAACACAUUCCAAUAAUAGAUCUAGAGCAUUCAAUCAAUUCUAUUUGGACAGAACGCACAAAACUCAAUCCAAGAUUGUUUAAUGGUACUAAAUUUAGAAUUCAUAAUGUCACUGAUUCUGUAACCACCAUUGGCCAAGUAGAGUUUUACUUGGGAGUCUCAGAUUACAAAGAGUUCAUUGGCACAAAUUGGUCACCCCAUAGCGAAUAUUUACAAAAGCAAGGAAUGAUCAGUUAUGGCAAUUCACAAGCUUUUCUUUCAGAUGCUUUGGGUGUUGGGGCCAGUGUAGUUACUAGCAAUAAGAAACUUAUUCUGUUGAAAAGAAGUCAUCAUUGUGCUGAAGCACCUUCAAUGUGGGAUGUACCUGGUGGACAUGCAGAACCUUCGCAAAUAAUUGGAGAAAAAAGGCUUGAAGAGAUAGAUGUAACGUCAAUGAGCAGUCAAUCUGUUCUGCAUGAGAUCUUUGACUCCAUAACUAGAGAAGUUGUGGAUGAAGUCAACAUACCAGGCAUCCUUUUAAGUCAGCCAUUAUAUAUGGGGACACACAGAAAUCUUCUCAGUGCUGGCAGACCUAGUUUGGCUUUUGUUAUAAAAUGUGAUUUAACAAGUGAUGAAGUUCAGACCUUGUACAAACAAGGUAGCCAGAUAGAAGCCGAUGAGACAACCAAUAUCAUGUUUUUACCCAUAGACACUGUGGCAGCUUUAACUCAAGACAGAAAUGAUAUAUGGGAAAGUUUUGCUCCUUCAGCGAAAGGAAACCUAACUACAUUUUGCAUAGCUCAUGGUUUGAGAUAAAUUAGAACUUGUGAGCAUCCUAUUUGUAAACAAAGUAAUGGUUUAUUAAUUUAUUGUAUUUGUGGGAUGUUGUGUUUUAAGGAUCUCAGAUAUUUUCACUUUCAGACUUAGUGAUGCAAUAUAGGAGGAUAUUAUUCAAGACUCGAACCUAGCUGACAAUUGUUUAAUUUGUGGGGUUUGUGGAUGAGUGGUAUAAACCACUUGGCUACAUUUUAAGAUGCUUGAGCUCGAAUCCCCUAUCAAGCUGGGUAGUAUUUGCUGAGUGCCUAAAAGCGCUACAGACAUCUUCUCCCAGAUAUCCCCUCAUGUCACAAAUACAUCAAUUACAUUCAUUUCAAGAGGUUUGCACAACAGAAACUUGUCUUUAAACUUGCCUUUAUUUAUAUUGUUACGAUCUUCUCUAUCAGGCCUUCUGCAAACACUGCUAAACACAACAGCACAUCUAACACAAGAACUUGACAACAAGAGCUUCAAGUAACAAAGUGGCGGUUUAAUUACAAAUACAUCGACAGCCAAUUCAACACAAUUGGCUACAUCAAAUUCAAAUGCUUUCUUGAACUUAACAGAACUGCCUAACUUAACAUUACUACUCUCUCUAGCUCGUACAGCUACAUUUUCGAGGACUCACAAGGUAUACACAGAAGUUCAUUGAGUGGUUACACACAGGUGUCUGGAUCUUGUUCACUAUUUACCGCUGAUUGUGUAGGGAACAAAAAUGAGAUUUUGUAGACUCAGUUCUUACCAGAAUGAACAGAAGUUUCCCACUUUGUGACAACUUGACUUAGCUAAAAAUCUUUAAACAUUGCUGAAACAUAUUUGUUAAUAAAGUUUUUUUUUAGAUAUGGUAGUAUUGUGAUUGAAUUUAUUUUUACACUCUUUUUAAAAGACUAUCCAAGCGACACAACAGUUUGGAUAACAUGUUGCCUUGCCAACAAGUUCUUGCAUUUGUUUGUAGAUUUUGUAUUGUCACAUAGUUCAUUGGCCUCAUUCAGUCUUAGAACAACUAUGGUUCAUCUCGAACUUUUUUUCAUGUAUCUGUGAAACCAUAUUUUGGAGAGACACUCCUGUCCACAUAUAUUGCAUGUCAAGGUGGCUUCUGCUUUUUCGUAUGGCAUGCUGUCCAAAGCUUUCUUGGUCACCGUCUCUCUCCAACUAGUGCGGUCUAGGACUAUGUCUUCCAAAUGGUCAGUAUCAAUGUUCACUUUUUAAAUCAUGUUUUAUUAUAUCCAUGUAACGGAGGUGGAGGCGACCAGUUUUUCUUAAGCCAGACAUUGUCCAUAGAGAAUGAUUUUUUGGGAUUCAAUAGUCCUCCAUCCGGCACACAGUAAAUAUUAACCAACUACUGAGUUGUUAUUUCGAAAGAAGUUCUCAGUUUUUCCUAUGUGUUAUUCCCUCAACAAUUGCUUUUUCACUAUCUUUUUAGCAUGGAUGUUGGCCUUUUUCUUUGCUUUUCUGUAAUAAGAAAUUUGAUGUUUUUGGUCACCCAGGGCUUAUUAUUUCCAUUAACUUGUUUAGUAUGUGUUUGUAUUCUAAGCUCCCUCGCAGAAUAAUAGAUACGAGUUAUCAGUUUCUGUCAGGUAAAUGAUAUGGGGACAGUUCUCAAUAUAGAUAUCCCAGUUUGUAUUUUCAAUGUGUUAUAUUAGUUUCCACAGUAUCUUUGGACCACAUUUGAAUGCUUGUUUGAUGUUUAUGUAGCAUUUAAUAAGCUUUUGACCUUGCCUUGUGGUGAAGUAGACAUUUGGAGUAUAGUUUGGCAGUGUGUUGUCACUGGGCAGAUUGUUAAAGUCUCCAGUGAUAAUACGAUGUAGUCACUUCUACGAUGUAGUCAACUCUAAAUGUCGCGUUCAAAGUCCGUUAAAUAUCAUGCAUCGCUAAUCUAAAUCUAAAAUUAUACAUUAUACGUUAUAUAUUAUAUAUAUAUAUAUAUAUAUAUGUAUAUAUAUAUAUAUAUAUAUAUAUAUAUAUAUGUAUAUAUAUAUAUAUAUAUAUAUAUAUAUGUAUAUAUAUAUAUAUAUAUAUAUAUAUAUAUAUAUAUAGGUCAUAACACCAGUGACUUCUGCUGCACUGGCAAGUUAGUCCAGUUGUACUUUGUGGUCCCAAAUUAUAUUACCUAGGCUAUUUAUUAAGAUUUCAGUUGCAACUAAUACUGAGUUUAUUUAGAAAACAAAAAAAAAAAGAUCAUAAAUAAGUACAGAAAUAAAGGCCAACAAAAGACAAUAAUAUAAUGAAAAAAUUAAAAUAGUAGACAGGUUCAAGUCAAAACAAUCAAAGGACCACCAUCACUAAGGCACACUAGUGUUUUAUCUCAAUAACAAAAUUAUGGCUUACAAAAAAUAUAGUAGGAAAGAUACAGGUCUUAACAAUCAAAUGACCUUCAUCCCUGAUACACACUACUGUCUCGUCUCAAAACAAAAGUUUGUCCUUUAAAUAUGGCUCUGGUCUUUACAGUAACAAAAGAUCAUAUACUGGUGAGGAUAAGUAGACAUAGAACAUUUACAGAAACCAACUGAUGAAUAAAAAAAAAAAAAAAUUCUACUAAGCUCGUUAUCGAAAAACACAUUCAGAUAAAAGUGACACACACCUAAUAAGUAACACAGUCACACAACAGCAAAAGAAUUAUAUAAACAUUACAUAGAUUCAUUUCAAACUAAUGUACACUGGUCAGAUCAAAGACUCAAGAGAAAGUGGCAAUUGAAUAGUCAACAGAGAUUUAGGGUUAGCAUUAGGGGGUUAGGGUACUAAAGUGGACUAACUCUUCUUGACAAAAAAAAAGUAACUACCCUUAUUACCCCUUUUGUCACACUCAGGUUCUAUUUUUAUAAACACUUUAAUAUUCGUAUAAAGAAUGUAAUCACAAUAUGUUAAACUCUCUUCAUGUACCUAUUUUCCCGGUUCUCUAUUUUUAACAUCACUUCCAUUCAGUAGGCCUACCCAAAUUAACACCAUUUGUUAUUCAUUUAGUAUUGUAUUUAAUUAAUUAUAUCCUCAUUACACCAAUGUGAUUCAGAUAAAUGAGGCUGAUAGUGCUUUGAUUAUAUUUCAUCAUAAUUUGGCUCAAAUUGAGACAUGUCUAUUCUUGAGACUGAACUGAGGUGUUCAUUGGUCCAUCUGUUUCUCAAAUAGCUUUUUUAUGUUUCAUUAUUGAAAACAAGCUGCUUUUAUAAUAGAAGCAGCAAACAUUACACACAUUCUCUAAACAUGAGAUUUUAAAUUUUUGGAAAACUGGAUUUAGACAAAGCCCUGCAUAACUUUUACUUUUUGGAACAUUUAAAAAGAAUGGUUUAAGAUUAUUGAACUUUAUUUUUCCUGCAAGUUCACUUCACAGUCCACAUUCAAAUGCAAACUAAAAAAAAACUCUUUUUUUACAAUCACUGAAAUCCAGCAGUGACAACUAAUAAUGUGUUUAUGAGCUGAUGCUGUAGUCGGAUUCUGUCUUGCUAAUACUUCAUUUGGGUGUGCAGCUUUAUAUUGUCGUAGCUGUGAGAUCAAGCUGCUGAUGGUCUUAUGCUCUUGUUCUGUGAUGUUAUUGUUGUAGGAUUCAAUCACUGCAUCCAGGAUGAUAAGGUUUUCAUAAUUGUGUUCGACUUUCAACAGAUCUACCCAUCCAUCAAAGCACGAAUAGCCUACUUGUGGCUCAUUGUUCGGCAGACGUGUCGAUUAUUUCAAUUUCUUUCGGUAUUCAUAAUUUGUGGAGCCAAAUUGUCUCAGCAAAGCCUCUUUCACAGCGACGUAAUCUUUCUUCUCUCUGUUGAAUGCAGAUGUUCAUAGCUCUUCCUUUCAAGCGCACCAUGAGGCUUCUUGCCCAUUCUGUCUGUGGGAGGUUGCAGGCUGUCUUCAAAUCUUAGUAAAUAUGAGUCAAUGCAAUCAUCAUGACAUAAUGUCAAUCAGCUUGCUGCACGAUUCUUUGUUGUAGUUUGAUUCUCUCAUUAAUUUUGAUUUGAGAGCUUUAUAAUCUGGAGAAGACCAAGUCCCUCAUGUACCAAAAAUUGUCUAUUGCCUCAAAGAUGGUCAGAAGUAACCAAGGUCAUCUUUUUCUGUGAGAUUGGGAAAUGUCCAAAACCCUGCAUGCUUCUUUGUUUUCUUUUUUCCAUCUAUCUUCUCUAAGUGAGUUCAUGUUUUCUUUCAGCUUCUCUCUAUUCAGACUCUCUGCAAACUGCACCACAUGACACUUCCAACUCAAAGAACUUGACAACUCAGGUCUCCAAAUUAAUGUAAAACUUAAUAAUGUCCAAUAAAUCACAGUCAAUACUGUACAAUGUUCUCAAUAUCUGGACCGCCGUAUCAACUCUGUACUUCAGCAAGAACUCUACUGUCUUCGUUGUACCUUGUUGAACUCUACUGAACUGACUCUAGAUCGUGAAGUUGUGACUGACUCGACUCUGAUACCUUUGCUCUUUUGAGAAGGUCGUUUCAAUUUCUGCCAGGAGUUUAGUAACCUGUGGUUCACUAGGUUUGAAUAUUCCGAUGGAGUUGUCAUUGUUAUAGUUCCUUAUCAUUUCAAUAGCAUGGCAACCGGCGAUGGUGCUACCUUUCCGUAAAUGUUUCUCUACUGAGCCGAGGUUCAUAACUCUGAUGGGUACCUUUUGGUCUUUUCCAAUUGUAACUUGUGUCUUUCCUACUGCUAUCCCGUUGUGGUAGGCGUCCAUGCUUUCCACCAGAACCAUUCUCAAAUAAUCAUUUCAGACAUAGCAGGCAAGGUCGUAUCUUUUACCAACUUUAUCCUCCUGACUUGGCCAUUCUCUUCAUCCUCAUCACCAAGCAAGGGUAUUUCAAGGUUCAAACAUUGCAAAGUGCCUCUGCCAAUAAUCAAAGAGCUUCUAUUUCUUCCUUUUUUCUUUCAGCUUCUCUUUCUUCCUUUUUUCUGUCUUCUUCCUUUGCAUAGUUACUGUUUCUCUUUAUCAUCAUAUUUCUGUUUGUCUUCUUUUUCCUGACAUAAUAAUUAUGCCCCUUCCACAAAUUCUCUAACUGUUCUACUGUGACAUGCCCAAUAGAUUAAACUUUCUAUUAAUUAACAGUGACUCGGAGCUUAACACUAACGAAUGGUCAAAGUUCCUGUCCGCACUAUGAUAUGAGCAUGCAUGGAUGAUACUGUUUAGAUCCAUCCUUCGCUCAAUGCAGAGAUCAAGUGGGUGCCGUCAAGAGAGUUAGCGGCAUUCCUUACCAGAGAAGUAUGUGUUUGUUAUGCACAGUUCAUGAGUUCUACAGAACUCAAGUAAACUCAAGUAUCAUUUGAGUAUCAUUUAGUCAUUGUCAUUAAUCUUUCCAACACCAUGAGGUCCCAAACAUUUUGAUAGCCUUCAAGUGUAGUUUUGUCUUUUCCUUGCUUUGACUGAACCUUUUCCUUUUUUUUUUUUAAACUAGUUCAGUGCAAUAUCUCUUGCUCUGUAUAUAUAUAGUUCGUCCAUCGUGGUUCGAUGAUGACCACUUUGUCAUCCAGGGGGCUGAGGGCUUUGCACUGGGGUUUUAUGCCUCCUCAUGUGGCUGGUGAGACCUAUGUGAGCCCGGAAUGUUCGUCCGCACACUGGGCAGGUUAUUCCAGCUGGAGCUAGUGUCGUUUGUCUUGCUUUUCUUUUCUGGCGUUUUUCUUCUGCCAGCGUUGUUCUUUUUUCCUCAGCAACCUGUGCGCCAGUUUUCACAGCGCGACACCAUGAUGCUCUGUCAUGUGCCUCUGUCUCCCAGGUGCCUGGGUCUAUGCUGAACGCCUUCAGAGAAGCUUUGAGGGUGUCCCUGAAGCGCUUUCUUUGCCCACCUUGCGAGCACUUUCCUUCCCUUAGUUGGCCAUACAAGAGUCGUUUUGGGAUGCGGUGGUCUUCCAUUCUGUAGACGUGACCUGCCCAUCGCAGCUGGGACUGCAUCAGGAUUGUGUGGAUGCUUUGCAGACACGCUCUUCGAAGGACUUCUGUAUCUGGUAUUUUGUCUUGCCAUUUGACAUUUAGUAUUUUUCUCAGACAUGUCAUCUUGCUCUGUAUAUGCCACCAUAGUUGGCACAACCAUGAUAAAUAGUGUUAAUUGUGUGAGAGACAAGUUCAUUUAUUUUACUAACUAGUUCUCACAGAUGACUGAUAUUCAUGCUCGACUGAGUAGACACUUCAAGUGACAUAGGCUACACUAUGCUAAAAUCUCAUUUUUCUGGACUGAGAGGCUAGAGGCUAAGGUAUCUGAUAUGGGUGCAAGUGAAAGACACGACAAGAUUAACAGGUACUAGUCAGGAACAUUCUUCUCUGUUUCUACUUUCUUGCUUUUGUUUUUGACUGUUUUAGUCAAAGUGGGACCCCCCCCCCCCUUCCCUUUCCUUCCCCCUGUCCUCUCUGCACUUAUACCUAUUCAAACCUCAGCUCGCCCUUGAUAAAAUCCUAUACAUUAGUUUGUAUAAUUUUUACUAAAAUGUUCAGGGGAACUUAAUACAUACUGGGGCAUCCUUAAUAUUUGAUGCCCUGUGCUGCCUGCACAACCCACACAUUGCUAACUACACCUCUGUUAUGCUGGGGGAAUUAAAUUUGGGGCAUUCAAAGAUGGUAUGAAUGACAGCUUCUUGAGGGUAUGUGCAGAGUCGACAGUGGAGUUUAUUCUGUUAAUUUUCAUGUUAAUUUAUUGCAAAAGAGCUCACAGCUCAGCAGCAAAAAGCUGGCUAGAAGAAGAAGAAUAUUAAUUUCUAGAGCAAUGUUGUUUGGUCUGUGCAGAAUGCUUUGCUGUCAAUGUUUAAAGGCUAUAUACAUGCAUUGAAGUAAAACAAAAUGAAUUGCUGUCUUGGUAGAUUUAUGGCAGUGUUCAUGUAUCAGCACUAUUUUCAAAAAUCAAGUUUUGAAAUCUUUUUUUUUUUAAAGUGGUUGUCAUGUUACCUAUCAAGUGGGGCUUGAGUUUGAAUCUUGACUUGAGCUUCUUAGUUGAGCGCCUAAAGGCAGCAUUGAAACCUUCUCUCAGAUGCCCCCUCCUCCCACUGGUCCACAAAAGAGAUUGGAUUGUAGCACUCUGAGCAUGCUAGGGCAUAAAAGAUACGUCAUACAAAAGUUAAAAAAAACAACAAAGGAACUUAGAACUGGCAAGACAACAUUUAUGAAUUUUUACUUGUAGAUUGAAUUGUAAAUUUUGUAAAAAUUGAUUCAUAGGCAUUAAACAUAAAAGAAAGCAAAAUGUUUUCUAAUAUUGUUUACCACUUAUUUUUUAAUGUUCUCUAUCUGUCUUUCCUACAUGACAUUAAUGAGUGAUGCCAUAAUGUAUUAAACUAAAGUUAAAAAAUAAUGAUACACACAAUACUGAUUCAUCUACUGAAGUAAACCCACUUAACUACCAAAUGUUUUAGGCAGCUACUAAGUUAACUCUGUCAUAUUAUUUUGUUCUGAGCCUUCAGUGUUUGUUUCAAGUGUUUUCUGUGUUGUGUUUACUUAUUCAAUAUUUCAUUUACUGUAUUGUUCUAUGUGACAGUUAUCUAAAUUUCUUCCUGUGGCUCAAUACAAUAUUUUUUAAAUCUUCAUCUAGAUAACUAUUUGUAUAAUUAAAUACUUAUUUUUUUCUUGGUAUUUGUAAAUAUGGAUACUUGGUUAAAUAAUUGGUCAAUGUAUAAAUAUAAGUGGGAAAAACUUCUGUUAGGUAUUUUCUAACAUUAUUUCUGAUUUUUAUUUUAAUAUUGAGUUCAAGUUUUUUCAACUGGUCAAUAAAGUGGUGAUGAAAUAUU